AUGAGGGAAAACAAAAUAAAAAGGAAAGUAGCUCCUCUCCCACGGGACUCCUCACUCUGCACCUCCGAAGCUGCUCCGCCGCCCUUAUAUGCCUCUGUAGGAAAUGCUACCGCUACCGAAGCUGCUCUGCCGCCCACUGCUUCCCUCCCUCAGGGACUCCUCAGAGAGUUGAUGCCCAACCUCUUGGCGGUCAUCAUGGACGGGAACCGGAGAUGGGCCAGGAUGGGAGGGUUGCCCGUCUGCUUGGGUCACGAAGCGGGUGUUCGGGCACUCAGAGGGCUUGUGGAGCUCUGCUGCAAAUGGGGGAUUAAGGUUCUUACCGCUUUCGCCUUCUCAGCCGAUAAUUGGUUUCGACCCCAAGCGGAGGUUGAUUUCUUGAUGGGCUUGUUUGAGAAGGGAUUGAAAGAUGACUUGAAAGUUCUUCUUCUGAGAGAGGAUAUUCGAAAUUCUGUGAUUGGAGAUACUUCUAAGCUUCCAAGGAAUUUAGAUGAAUCCAUAGCACAUGUGGAGAAAACCACAAUGAAUAAUCCAAGACUACAUGUUGUUGUGGCAGUAAAUUAUAGUGGAAAGCAUGAUGUAGUGCAAGCUUGUAGGAGGAUAUCUCAAAAGGUAAAGGAUGGUCUGAUUGUACCUGAAGAUAUUGAUGAGGUUCUAGUCGAGCAAGACUUAGAAUGUGCAGAGUUUCCUUGCCCUGAUCUACUUAUACGAACUAGUGGUGAGCUUAGGAUUAGUAAUUUCUUGCUGUGGCAGUUGGCCUAUACUGAACUUUUUUUCGCAGAAUCAUAUUGGCCUGAUUUUGGAGAAGUAGAGUUUAUUGAAGCUCUAUCUUCUUUUCAACAAAGACAGAGGCGAUAUGGUGGACAGAUUAUCUAACUUCGAAGAUGUUUUCUAGAUUUUGUUGGAUUAUUCAGGAUUCUGCUUGCAUUCAGGAGCAAGUGUAGGCUGAUGGGCAGAGUGAGCUAUAAAACCCCCAGCCUGUGCUGCAGUUCCUCCACAGAGUGAUACCUUUCAAGAUUAAAAAACAUCUGCAGAUUCUGUCUGCUAACCAAUUAUUUGCUUUCAAGGCAUCAGAAACCUCAACGAAACAGUUGUUAUGUCUUCUGGGUUUUGGUAGUGGGAAGGAGAGAGCAGUGGUGUUCUUGAGGAUACUCAUUACACAUAACUCCGGUAAUGGUAGCCACAGUGCAUAUUUGCUGCCCACGCUCCUCAAGGUUCACUCUUGUGUGUCCCAGAUGGUAGAAGAUCUUUGAACUUCUCCUGUGCCUGCUAUCAUAUUUAAAGUUGUUGACAUUAUCAGAUGGUGUGUCCCCAACCUGAUUGCAAACUUUGGACAACAGGCAUUGGAACAUUUGUUGGUUUAAGUUGACAAGAUCUUAUAUUACUAAACAGCCGUCUGAUUACCAGAAGAGAUAUAAAUAUUACACAUCCUACCUUGGAUUAAAGAGGAAGGCAAUUAAGAUCAGGAAAGCUUACAAGGUUGUGCGCUAGUUGGAAAAGCUUAUGUACCACGAGUGCAAUUUGACGGAUGUUGGAUUAUCAAAUCUACUUGCAAGAGUGCAAAGCUGGUUUGAGCCAAUUAUGUACGUUCGUUAUGUCUUUGAAGUAUUUGCAAUUCUAUUUUAUAUGUACUGCAGAAAGUGUUUAGGUAUUUCUGCUGAACAUAUAAUCAUCCAUAGCGUGUAAAGAUGUGGUGGAUGAUCUUGUCUUC